AGCAGAAGAAGAAUUACGCUCGUCACAUACCCGGAAGUCAUGUUCAUUCAUUCUACCGGUUUCUUCUUCAAGUUGUGGUCGUAUCCGUAUCGCAUCCCAUGGUAACACUCUCUUCUGGACGCACGAGAGAUGUUGCUGCUGGUGCUGGGUGCCCUCCUCCUGCUCUUCUGCAGUCUGGAUGUAUGGUACUUCCUGCGGGGGGUCCAGGUGUUCUUCCAGGCGUGGUUCCAACCCAGAAUAUGGGACUUGCUGGCUGAGCAAACCAUUGAUGGCAAGGUCCUUCCCCAUGAUUUGGACUACAUGGGCCACAUGAACAACUCCCGAUAUCUAAGGGAGUGUGACUUUGCCCGCUUCCACCAUUAUAUGCGAAACGGGCUGUUAAUGGCCUCACGCAAACUGGGAGCCAGAAUGGUGGUAGGGGCCUCCACCAUCCGGUACCGGCGCUCCCUGGCCUUCUGUGAGGCUUUUGAGAUUCGGACCAAAAUAGUGGGAUGGGAUGAGAAGGCGUUUUACUUGGAGCAGCGGUUUGUGUCCAAGAAAGAUGGUUUUGUCUCUGCUAUCAUGCUUUGCAGACAGAACGUGGUGCACUGCAGCCCAGAGAGCAUUAUCGAGUUUGUCUGCAAAAGAAAGAUUGAGUGCCCCGAGUUUCCUGAAGACCUCAAACACUGGAUCAGCUUCAUCUCAGCCAGCAGCCAGGCACUGAGAGCCGAGAGCGGCCUGGAAGAGAAGAACAAGUGAAGCCCCACACCAUGUAUCAUGAGUGUAGGCCCACUUAUAAUUUGCAUUGCACGCACAUAUACAGUAAACAUACAUGCACACAAACAGUUAAACAUCGUAGAGAGUUUUUAGUUUACUUACAAGAUUCAAUUUAUCUCCGUUUUCGGUCCGCUUCUUCCUGCUGUGUAUUUUUGUAUGAUUUGAACAGAAAUACUGAACUUAUUACAAAACUUGAACUGUAAGGUAUUCCAUGUUUUUAAAAUGCACUAUAUGCAUUGGGAUCAUAUUGAAAGUUCUCUCGGAAUAAAGUGACACAAGAAUGUAGCUUUAUUCUUGCAGCUUAUAGACUGGCGUUAGACAUUUCAUUUUAGCAAAAUCCUCUAAAUUCAGAUAAGCAUGCAGAGCAAAAGUUCAUCUUCCAUUGACAUCAGUGCAUGUUUUUAAACAGACCCAGUCUUUUUUUGUGCCUGUUUCUCUUGAUUAGCCGUAGUUUACAGUUAUAACUUCAGAGAAUUAUAACUUUUUACAAAAAAAUGGUAAGUUUGAUGAAAUACUUGAAUGGGCAUCAUGAACAUGUACUGAAAACUGUUUUAAUAUUAACACAAAGUAACCCAAGUGAGUAGACUAACUGAAUUCCUGUUAACAAUCUGAAAGGGAAUCUUUGAUUUUGAGGGAUCCUUAAUCAGUACAGUAUUGUUCUUUUACUGACUGUAUAACAAAUGCUUUUAGAGGGUAUGCUUCUAGAUUGGAAUUGCAUGUCAUUUUAAGAGAAAGUGCUCAAAUCCAAAUUAACAGGCACAUUAAGCAAACGUUGAUAUGAGGUUGCUGGCAACUUUUCGAAACCUGCAAUGCACGAUAAACACUGAUGUUAGAAUGAUGCUCGGUCUUUUGAAAUCUGGAACCUUCCCUUUAAUGCAUCAAAGCUUUAUUUAGUGACCAAAGUAAUGUAUUGUUCUGUAUGAAGAGGAAACAAAAUCAAUAUUUAAAGAUGUAUAACCUGUUAUUUAUGUUGUUGAUACACUGAAAAUCCUGCUUGAUUAAUUUAAGUUUUAAGAUAUUCACUGUCCUUUUAUUUUCCACAUAUAUUAUUUAUGAUGUAUUGAAAUGGGUUAAUGCACCUACUGUUGUUGUGUUUAAGUAUUUAAAGGCAUUUUAAAUAAAUGCAUUGGAAACCAUGUUUCUGUGACUGA